GAAAAUGUAGCACAGCGGCAGCCAGCGACAGCUGCCCCGGCUCGGCGCGCACAGCCCGGCCCAGACGGGCGGCCUCCCCCGGCGCCGUUUGGCCACCCUCACCAUGUCCAAGAAGGGCGCGGGCAGCCGGGGCAAGGGGGACCGGGCCGAGGCCCUCGCCGCACUGCAGGCCGCCAACGAGGAACUGCGGGCCAAGCUCACCGACAUCCAGAUUGAGCUGCAGCAGGAGAAGAGCAAGGUCAGCCGGGUGGAGCGGGAGAAGAACCAGGAGCUGCGGCAGCUGCGGGAGCACGAGCAGCACAAGAGCGCGGUGCUGCUGACGGAGCUGAAGAGCAAGCUGCACGAGGAGAAGAUGAAGGAGCUGCAGGCCGUGCGCGAGGCGCUGCUGCGGCAGCACGAGGCCGAGCUGCUGCGCGUCAUCAAGAUCAAGGACAACGAGAACCAGCGGCUGCAGGCGCUGCUGCACGCCGUGCACGACGGCGGCCCCGACCGAGCCAAGGCCGCGCUGCUGUCCGAGGCCAAGGAGGAGGCCCGGAAGGGGUUCGAGGUGGAGAAGGUGAAGAUGCAGCAGGAGAUCUCAGAGCUCAAGGGUGCCAAGCGGCAGGCGGAGGAGGCGCUGACCGUGGUCAUGCAGGCCGACAAGAUCAAGGCCGCCGAGAUCCGCAGCGUCUACCACCUGCACCAGGAGGAGAUCGCCCGCAUCAAGAAGGAGUGCGAGCGGGAGAUCCGCAGGCUGAUGGAGGAGAUAAAAUUUAAGGACAGAGCAGUCUUCGUGCUGGAGAGAGAGUUAGGGGUUCAAGCCGGGCAUGCUCAGAGGCUGCAGCUCCAAAAGGAGGCUCUAGACGGGCAGCUCUCCCAGGCCAAAGAGGCCGACCGGCGCCUGGGCAGCCCCAGACGGGAGCUUCCUUAUGCAAGCGGUGCAGGAGACGCCUCAGACCGCUCGGGAAGCCCCGAACAGCAGUUGGAUGAGAAGGACGCUCGGCGCUUCCAGCUGAAAAUCGCCGAGCUCAGCGCCAUCAUCCGGAAGCUGGAGGACCGGAACGCCCUGCUGUCGGAGGAGAGGAACGAGCUGCUAAAGCGUGUCCGAGAAGCUGAGAGCCAGUAUAAGCCGUUGCUGGAGAAGAACAAACGUCUCACUCGGAAGAAUGAGGGUCUGUCCCACACUUUGCGUCGCCUGGAAAACAAGUUAAAAUUCGUGACCCAGGAGAACAUAGAGAUGAGACAAAGAGCCGGGGUCAUAAGGAGACCCAGUUCCUUAAACGACCUGGAUCAGAGUCAAGAGGAAAGAGAGGUCGACUUCCUGAAGCUCCAAAUCAUGGAGCAGCAGAGCCUCAUAGACGAGCUGUCCAAGACCCUGGAGACGGCCGGCUACGUGAAGAGCGUGCUCGAACGGGACAAGCUGCUGAGGUGGCGGAAACAGCGGAAGAAGAUGGCCAAGCUCCCCAAGCCAGUGGUGGUGGAGACCUUCUUCGGGUACGAUGAAGAGGCUUCCCUGGAGUCCGACGGCUCUUCCAUAUCCUACCAAACCGACAGGACGGACCAGACCCCGUGCACCCCGGACGACGACCUGGAGGAGGGCGUGGCCAAGGAGGUGGCGGAGCUGCGGUUCCGGCAGCUGACCAUGGAGUACCAGGCGCUGCAGCGCGCGUACGCCCUGCUGCAGGAGCAGGUCGGGGGGACGCUGGACGCCGAGCGAGAAGUUAAGACCCGCGAGCAGCUCCAGGCUGACGUGCAGAGCGCGCAGGCGCGGAUCGAGGACCUGGAGAGCGCCCUGGCGGAGCAGGGGCAGGACAUGAAGUGGAUCGAGGAGAAGCAAGCCCUGUACCGGAGAAACCAGGAGCUCUUCGAAAAGAUUAAACAGAUGGAGGCGCAAGAGGCUCGGCUAAAACACGAGGUCCAGGAUGCGAAGGACCAGAACGAGCUGCUGGAAUUCCGGAUCCUGGAGCUGGAGGAGAGGGAGCGGAAGUCGCCCGCCAUCAACUUCCACCACACGCCCUCCGUGGACGGCAAGAGCCCCCUGCAAGCCUACUGCGAGGCCGAAGGCGUGACGGACAUCCUGGUCACAGAGCUGAUGAAGAAGCUGGACAUCUUGGGGGACAACGCCAACCUGACCAAUGAAGAGCAGGUGGUCGUCAUACAAGCCAGGACAGUCUUGACCCUGGCGGAGAAGUGGCUGCAGCAGAUCGAAGAGACGGAGUCAGCCCUGCAGCGGAAGAUGGCCGACCUGGAGAGCGAGAAGGAGCUGUUCAGCAAACAGAAGGGCUACCUGGACGAGGAGCUGGACUGCAGGAAGCAGGCGCUGGACCAGGCCCACAAGCACAUCCUGGAGCUGGAGGCCAUGCUGUUCGACGCCCUGCAGCAGGAGGCGGGGGCCAAGAUGGCCGAGCUGCUGUCGGAGGACGAGCGGGAGACGCUCAGGGUGGCCGUGGAGCAGUGGAAGCGCCAGGUCAUGAGCGAGCUGCGUGAGCGGGACGCCCAGAUCCUGCGGGAGCGCAUGGAGCUGCUGCAGCUGGCACAGCAGAGAAUUAAAGAGUUAGAAGAAAGAAUAGAAGCUCAGAAGAGACAGAUAAAGGAACUGGAGGAAAAGCCCCCAGCGGAGCUGGGCCCUGUGCUUCCAGCUGGACCAGAGAGCAGCGGGUGCCUGCGCGGCGAGGCGGGACAGCCAGCGCCGCCCCUGGUGACGCAGGAGGCUCCAGCCUGCGCGGACGCCCCCUGUCGGGGAGGCGGCAGGGGGCGGGCGUGA